UGGUUUUUUCGCUCGAGGUGUAAACGUAGAAUUUAAUGACGUGAGAAUUCAACCAGGGAGUUGCGUGGACAAGAAUAUAGGAUAAAGGAAAUGUUCGGUUUCGUUUCAAAAGAAUCUCUACGUGUAAGAGAUGCGCGCAAGUCUCCUUGUUAGUAUAAAUUGUAGUAGAAUUUAUUGCAAAAGCAAUGCCCAUUUUUAAUUCGAUGAAGUUUCCUCUUGUGGGGCCGGACAUUUUGUUCGUAGAUGGAAGUCUUGGAUUGAUUCUACUAGUUGUACGCACUUCGCUGUGUCCAACAACCCCAUAGAGGAUGAACAGGUCUCCCAUAUUUAGCAGUGGGUUAGAGUUGGGAAGUUUUGUUGUGACCUCUAAUGUCCUGCACCAUUCAUGGGCUGCAAUUUCGGAACUCUACGGAGAAAUCCAUGAACCACCAUCUUGGGAUUCCCCUGUUAGAUUCAGAACUUUUCAGCAGCCAAAUUGUACAAUCAUAGCUUUCGUUACUUGGCCUCCUUGUACCAAAGAGCAUCUUCAAGGACAAGGAAGAGGAGACUUGGUUUCAUCAUCAGCUCUUAAGGAGACUUUUCCUCUCUUUGAAUUCCUCUGCACCAAAACCAACCCACGUUUCUCCAUUAACAAACCUGCAAUCGAUCUUUUUGUCAGUGUCCGUGGUGUGCUGAAUUUCUUGAAAUCUCAGAUUUCCAACAAGCCAUUAAUUAUCACUGGACACUCUCUGGGAGGAUCUGUUGCCUCUCUCUUCACCUUAUGGCUGCUGGACAAAAUCAAUUUAGCAACCACCAAACGCCCACUUUGCAUCACUUUUGGUUCACCCCUUAUUGGUGAUGAUGGCCUGCAAGAAGCCAUAUUACAAUAUUCAGCAUGGAACUCUUGCUUUUUGCAUGUAGUUUCUGACCGAGAUCCAGUCCCCAGAGUUUUAAUUUCACCCUACAAUCCUACUGCUCCUGAAUUGGCUUCUCCAACCAACGAAUACAAGCCUUUUGGCACAUUUCUGUUGUAUUCCGAACUGGGCUGUGCUUGUCUUGAGGACCCUGAAUCUGUUUUGGUGUUGUUGGUGGCAACCUACUCAGAGGGUUCGGGAUUUGACUAUAAAGAUAUUUUCCAACAACUCAACGGUAAUGUAAUUUGCAAGGAUAGUACAAAAGUUGAUGAAUGGAUUGCACAACCAUUACAGGCAGGCAUUAUUACACAACUAGGAGCAAUCGGACUGGGGCGACUGCAGCAGCUACAACAGCAGAGCAUUGACAUGAACACACUGAUUAGACAGACAGAAAGACGGGAGAGGAAAUGGUUAAUCAGGAGGAGGGAAGUCUAUGAUUCCAACGUGUUAAGUGAGAUGAAAGUAUACAUGGCCCAACUGGAAUGGUACAAGAAGUGUUGUGAGGAUGAGGAAAUUGGAUACUAUGACAGGUUCAAGAAUGCAUUCGAUAGCAGUGACAUUAAAGCACAAGGGUUCAAGAAAUCCCUCACAUGUUACUGGAUAGACAUGGUUGAUGAAGUAGAGAAAAAGCCCCAGAGAAAUGGCGCCGCCUUUACUACCCGCUGGCUCUUUGCAGGAACAAACUACCGAAGGAUGAUUGAACCGCUGGACAUAGCUGAAUACUACCGCGACGGCAAAACAGACUACAUGGCUAAAGGAAGGUCUAAACAUUACACUCAAUUGGAGAAAUGGCUCAGUGAAGAUGAGAAACCUGCAAGCCGUCCAAAUAAUUCCAAGAAACAAAACCUGGCUGGCGGCCUGACGGAAAAUUCUUGCUUCUGGGCAUAUGUUGAGGAGGCUCGCAUUUCAUGCAAUGUGCUGAGCAAUGGAGAGUCGAAUGAUAUGGAUAAACAUAAACGGAGCCUGAUUGUGUUUGAAGCCGAUGUAAUGGGUAUGCUCAACAAUUAUGCAGUAUCCCCUGAGAUAUUCUUGAAUCGGAGCAGCUUCAUGAAAUGGUGGAAAGAGUACUUGGAAAUUAUCCGAAAAGGCAUCAUGGGACCUUCUCAUACUUCUCCAUUCACUGAGUUCAUGCAAAAUCGCCAGUAUCGCCAGUAUGCUCCUGGCUGCCUGUAGAAAGACUUUCCCCGGCCAAUAAAUUGUAAAGGACAUCAUCUUUUCAAUUUCUUUCUCUGUUUUCAA